UUUAAAUUUUUUCCGUCGCAUGAAUUUCCAUUCUGCCGAGAUCUGUCUUAUUUGCCCUAAUUGCUCUUCGACUUCUGUCGAGCUCUCGUCGGAGACCAAUUCUGUUGUAUUUCUUCUAGGGAUCUUCUUUUUUGCAUCCAAAAAUUUUGUUACAGGAGUCGCAAGUACCUCGUUUUUGCCAGCAAGUUGUUGCAAAUCUUGCAUUUGUUAUUUGCAUCGAUCUUUGUUCGUUUUUUUUCUUAUUCGGAAGGUUGUAUUCCGCUUGAGGUAGAUCUUGAAACCGUAGGCUGGAUCUCUCUUGGUGCGACGAUAGGGAGAGAUGGUCGGAGGCGGAAGCAGGAGGGACGAUGGGUCCUUGAAGAUCAAUAGUACCAACGUGUUCGCGGCGCUCGAGACUCUCAAGAAGAAAAAGAAGUCGGACAAGGAGUCGAAGAGCAAGGGAGCGUCUCAGAAUCAAGCGAAGGAGCAGGAACAGCAAGUCUUCUGGGCGCCGGCACCGCUGACGUCCAAGUCGUGGGCCAAUGUCGGCGAUGACGACGACGACGAUUACUAUGCGACUACAGUGCCGCCAAAGGCUAUUUGGGGCGCGUCGGAGCAACGACAUAUCAAGGAGCUUGAGGCUUCCGUAGAGGAGGUAUGGAGUUAGUGGUUAUCUUACCUUGAAGUUUUUUCCCAAGGAAAACAAAGCUGGUCAUGAAGAUUAUGAGGCUGAACGGGAGUUGGAUGAUUUUGUUAAAUUUAUUAAUGUGAAAUGUGGCACUAGCCGUGAUGCGAAUGGUCAACUUACUUUCCAGCAACUGCUAUUAUUGAUAGUUUCUCGGAUCUUUUUCGCAAUAAGUAUGCAGUGGAAGACUCAUUGAUUGUGAUGGUAUGUUCUCCCUUUCUUAAUAUGGUUCAUUGUUUAAGCAAGUAACUAUAGUAUGUUUGAUUUCUUCUUGUCUAUCUACACAGAUUGCUAAGGGACUAAGACCCAUUUUUCUUGGCCUUAUAUUGUGUGCAUCCCAUAGUCGUACGUUCUCUAUACUUAAUGAGUGAUUCGUGCCUUUGGAAAUAUAUAAACACUUGGGCCAUCACGAUGUUAUUUGAAAUGGUAAAUUUUUUUUAUUUCGAACUAGAAUAUCCUGUUUGUAGUAAAUUCAAUAUCAAGUUUUAAGAUGCAACAUCUCUACCUACUCUUUUCGAAGGAUCAUCAUUACUUUUUCAGUGUUCUUAUGUACCUUUAAUAGUGUUUAGAAUAAAAGGAAACAAAACUGAAAAAUAAUUCUACAUAAUUGAUGCUCAAGGUGAUCAAAUUUUUUCUUUAUUCACAAUUUUUGUUUUGAAAGUCUGGUUGAUUACGCAUAUUGUUUGAUUAGAUUAUAGUUUUAAAUUUGAUGGAAUGCUUGCCUUUAUGCACAGAGACUAUGCUUUGCAUCGGAAGUGAAUGGCAUCGUUAUCCUUCUUCAUUUUUUAUGCCUUCGUACAUUAAGGAA